AUGCCACGCUAUAAUAAAAACAGCGUUCCGGUGCUCCCCCGCUUUCGUUUCAAGUUUCAGGGCGACGUGAACUCUCGCGUGUUUGUCGCGUUUCUCGCGAGACUUGCUUCGUUCGCUUUCAGACUCCAUGAUCUGCUGCCGAGCGGCGCGCCGCGAUCGUCCCUGCGAGUCCCGCGAGCGUUCAUGACGCCCGUCCGCGCGCCGUGCGGCGCUCAUAUCUCCGCUCAGAUGGACUAAGAGCGAUCCGUGACGAUGGAGAGCGUUAAACUGAAGAAGAGCAGCGCUCUGAGUGUGGCCUUGAGAUCCACAGCAGACCACAACGAUGAAGAAGAUGAUGAAGGCCAGAGAGCGUCGAACCCCCGUCAGACGAGCUCGGACGAGCCCCGGACCAGAAGCCAGAGCCCGGCGGAGCUCAACGUGCUCAAUAAAGCCUGCAAGAGCAGCUCCAGCCUGCUGCUGAGGAAGAGGAGGGUCAAGAGGCAUGUGUCCAGCAUCAGCUCCUCUCACAGCCGGAGUCUGGACCGGCAGACGCUGCUGAGACACCGAGCCAGUCCUCAGCUGCAGCUGUCCGACCGCCAGUGGGUCCGCCAGGACCUGCGUCGCGGCUCCGUUCACGUGCACGACCGGCUGCUGGUGUGGUCGCACCCGCCCCGGCCCGUCCUGUGCACCGUGGAGAGCACGGCGGCCGAGAUAUCGCAGCGCCUGCAGCAGGCCGGCGGCAAGUCGGGCUCGGUCCUGAGGCUGAACGGCAAGAGCUGCCCGUCCGCCGACGUGAACGGGAACUGCGACGGCGAGUACCCGCUCAGACACCUUCACGCGGGGGCCGAGAGCCUCCCGGACCGGCCCGACGACCGACUGCGGCUCCUGCUGCUGGAGAAGGACCAUCGGUACCAGCAGCAGGACUACGACAUCUACACGCCCUCGUCGGACGCCAACGCGGACCGGGACUCUGUCAAACGGUUCGCCGGCUCCGACGUGGAGAGCAGCAGCGCUUGCGACGACCUGAGCUCCGGGGCCCGCUUCGGCCAGCACCGGGACUCGCUCAGCGACGACAUGAUACUGGGCACGGACGCCUCGGCGUUGAGCCCGGCGUUCGACGGCAGCGCCGCCGAGGGCCUGGACACGUACGGCAGCUCCUCGGACGAGCUGGAGCUGGACUGCCCGACGGAACCCGUCCUGGCUCCGGAGGAGGCCGAGCCGGGUCUCGCCGUCGGCGCCGAGCCGCCCGCCGUCGACACGGGCGGCGACGGGGCCGUUACGCCGCCCGAUCCGGACUCCGGCCCGGCCCUCUACGUCCAGCUGCACGGCGAGGCCGCCCGGCGCCUGGGGCCCGACGAGAGGCCCCUGCAGAUUCAGAAUGACUUUCUCUUUAAACUGGGAUUUAAAGACCCGUGGAGGGUCCAGGAGGAGGGGAUGAACACCGAGCUGGGAUCACUCCUGCGCUUCUACGCAGGAAAACCUCACAGCAUUGAGAGCUCCGAGCGGAUUCAGCUCUCUGGAACGUAUAACGUAAGGAAAGGAAAGCUGCAGCUGCCGGUGAACCGCUGGAGUCGACGGCAGGUGAUUUUAUGUGGCACUUGUCUGAUGGUGUCCUCUGUGAAGGCCAGCAACACGGGCAAAAUGCACAUCCUGCCACUAAUCGGAGGAAAGGUGGAAGAGGUGAAGAAACACAGUCACUGUUUGGCCUUCAGCUCGGCGGGACCUCAGAGUCAGACCUACUACAUCAGCUUCGACAGCUUCACCGAACACCUGCGCUGGCACCGGCAAGCGGCAAAGAUGGUGUCUCAGAGGAUCAGUUCGGUGGAUCUGUCCUGCUGUAGUCUGGAGAAGCUGCCGCCCAAUCUGCUGUACAGUCAGGAUCUGACGCACCUCAACCUCAAACACAACUUCCUGCCUGCUGACCAGACGCUGCUGCAGCUCCAGAGAUUUUCCCGCCUGCGGAGCCUCAAUCUCUCUAAUAAUCAGUUGGGGAGUUUCCCGUUGCCCAUCUGCUCCAUCAGCACACUGACGGAGGUCAACCUCAGCUGCAACCACCUGACCUCCGUACACCCGGACGUGGGCAACAUGAGCAAUCUGCAGACGCUGGUUCUGGACGGUAACCUUCUGUCCGCUCUUCCUGCGGAGCUGGGCCGUCUGCAGCGGCUGGCCUAUCUGGGUCUGUCCUUCAAUGAGUUCGCGCAGGUGCCGGCGGUGCUGGAGCGGCUGCCCGCCGUCGAGAGGCUCUGCAUGGCCGGGAAUAAAGUGUCCGUUCUGACGCUGCAGGCCUUUCGUCUGCUGACGCUCAAACACGUCGACCUACGUCUGAAUCAGAUCUCCAGCGUGGUUCCGGACGAGCCGGAGUUUCUGCGUCACGUGACGCAGCUGGACGUGCGGGACAACCGUCUGAGCGAGCUGGACGCGUCCGUCUUCCCGCGGCUGGAGGUUCUGCACUGUCAGAGGAACCGCAUCACACGUCUGCGUCUGCGCGGCUGUGCGCUCAAAGCUCUCUACGCCUCCAACAACGAGCUGCAAGAGUUAGACGUGAGUCCAGCGGCCUCCAACCUCACAUACGUGGACGUCUCCAGGAACUGUAUGAAGGCUCUUCCUGAUUGGUUGAGUGACAGCAAGAAACUGGAGGUUCUAGAUGUCAGUCACAAUCACGUCGCUGAACUUCCUCCGUGGCUGCUGUGCAGCGGGAGUCUGAGGAAGAUCCUGGCGGGUCACAACCAGCUGAAGCGUCUGCCGGAGCGCGUGGAGCGUCCAGUGGUGGAGGUGCUGGACGUGCAGCACAAUCAUCUCAUCGAGCUUCCCUGCAACCUCUUCCUCAAAUCAGAGAGUUUACGCUGUCUGAACGCAUCAGCCAACAAGCUGGAGAAUCUGCCGCCGUCCAGCCUGUCGGAGGAGAGCAGCAGCGUCCUGCAGGAGCUUUACCUGACCAACAACCACCUGACCGACAAGUGUGUGCCACAACUCACAGGACACACACACCUGAGGAUCCUGCACAUGGCCUACAAUCACCUGCAGACCUUCCCAGCCAGUAAAAUGGCCAAGCUGGAGGAGUUGGAGGAGCUGGACCUGAGUGGGAACAGGCUGAAGGCGGUGCCCACCACCAUCAUGAACUGCAGGCGCAUGCACACGCUCGCCGCUCACUCCAACUGCAUCGAGGUCUUCCCCGAGGUCCUGCAGCUCAUGGAGAUGAAGUGUGUGGAUCUGAGCUGUAAUGAGCUGAGCGAGAUCACCUUACCUGACAAUCUACCUCCAAAACUUCAAGAGCUGGAUCUGACGGGAAACCUGCGCCUGAAUCUGGACCACAAGACCCUCGAGCAGCUCAAUAACAUCCGCUGUUUCCGGAUCGACCCGCCCCUUUCUUCGUUCUCAGCCAAUGAGGCGGCAGGAGGGCCGGCCGUCUGGAGUCACGGCUACACCGAAGCCUCGGGCAUCAAAAACAAACUGUGUGUGGCGGCGCUGUCGGUGAACAGCUUCUGCGGCAGCAGAGAGGCUCUGUACGGGGUGUUCGACGGCGACAGGAACGUGGAGGUGCCGUAUUUACUGCAGUGUACCAUGAACGACAUACUGGCCGAGGAGCUGCACAGGACCAAAAGCGAGGAAGACUACAUGACCAACACCUUCCUCGUCAUGCAGAGGAAGUUGGGCACAGCAGGGCAGAAGCUGGGCGGUUCGGCGGCGCUCUGUCACAUCCGGCACGACCCCACCGACCCCGCCGGCUGCUUCACCCUCACUGCCGCUAACGUGGGCAAGUGUCAGGCGGUGCUGUGUCGCGACGGCAAGGCGCUUCCGUUGUCACUGCUGCACAACAUCAGCAUUAAGGAGGAAUACAACCGCGUGCGGCAGCAUAAAGCCAUCAUCACUGAGGACAACAAAGUGAACGGAGUAACGGACUCUACACGCAUCAUGGGCUAUUCGUUCCUCUACCCGGCAGUCUUGCCUCGACCGUACGUCAACACGCUCCCGCUGACCCCCAGAGAUGAGUUCUUCAUCCUGGGCAGCAGAGGUCUGUUUGAAGUAUUGGACCCUAGCGAGGCGGUGGAAGCCGUACGGAAGGUGCCCGACGCGCUGGCGGCGGCCAAGAAGCUGUGCACGCUGGCGCAAUCGUAUGGCUGCACAGACAGCCUCAGUGCCGUGGUGGUGCAGCUCAACGUGGCUGAAGACUGCUGCUGCUGCUGUUGUGCGGCGUCCGCGGAGCCAGGCUCCGGAAGCAUGCACGCGCCACCGCAGCCCCCGCCGAGCCCCGGACCGGGCCUGUACCCGGCCUCCUCCGCCGGCGUGCCCCCGUCCUCCUGCAGUGAGAUCAGCUCCGAGGUCAGUGCUUCUGAAAUGAGCUCCGAAGUGGGAUCCACGGCGUCCUCGGACGAGCCCCCGCUCCUGCUGCAAGACGCACACCUCCACCUUCAUCCGCAGAGCCACCCGCCGCAGCUGCAGCAGAACCCGCGCCUACCCUGCUGCACGCUCCAUCUGGCUCCCAACGCCAGCAGCUCUUUCCAGAGGCAACUGUCCAGCGCCACCUUUUCCAGCGCGCUCUCGGACAACGGCCUGGACAGCGAAGACGAGGAGCCCAUCGCUGGCGUCUUCUCCAACGGCAGUCGGGUGGAAGUGGAAGCCGACAUCCACUGUCUGCUGCCUUUGCCACCGCCACCUCCACCCUGCACCCCGGAAGCCCCGGAGAAGCUUCCGGAGGAGGCCGGGAACCUUGUGGGAACAGACGCAUGGACCAAGACUUUAGGGAAGCGGAGAGGAAACGGCUCGGUGGCGCCACAGGAGCAGAGCCACAACUUGAUAGAGGUGGCGGCCGAGGCUCCUUCCAAAAAACCCGGAGGUUACUUCACGGCGCCCGCUCAACCAGACCCUGACGACCAGUUCAUUAUCCCUCCAGAACUGGAGGAGGAGGUGAAGGAGAUCAUGAAACAACAUCAGCAGGACCAACAGAAGCCGGCCAAGAGCGAGCGACCGGCGGACUACUACGAUACGCCGCUCUGAAGGAGUCGCCGCAUUCUGUCGUCAUCUACUCACCCCCAUGUCUUUCAUCCACAGUUCUUGAAAGUGCAGUCCAUCACCCAAUACUAAAGCGUUUCUUGCACAAAUGCGCUACUUUUGAGUCAGUCCUAACACUUGCAAUGACGUGAGGUUGAGUAAAUGAAGACUGAAUGUACUCAAUACAAUGGAAUAUCUUCUGCUCACAGCUUCACCGCAGUCAACCAAUAUGAAGCUGUCAGUUCUUGACCUGCGACGGCUCCGAAAGGUCACAAGACUGUGACCUAUGAAGCCACUUCCUGCAAAAUCCACCAGGAUCUCAACCAGUCCUCCAACGGCAGUUAGAUGGAAGUGGUAUCCUGCGUCCACUGUCUGCUGCCUUUGCCGCCACCUACACCCCAGAAGCCCCGGAGAAGCUUCCAGAACCUGUGCUGGAGGCUGGGAACCUUGCAGUAUGGAUGCAUGGAGCAAGACUUUGUGAAAGUGGAGGGGAAACAGCUCUGUGGUGCUGCAGGAGUGGGGUUACUUCACCGCAUCCAAACCAGACGACCAGUUCAUCAUCUCUUCAGAGCUGGAGGAGGAGGUGAAGGGGAUCAUGAAACAACAUCAGCAGGACCAAGAAAAAAGCCGACCAAGAGCGAGUGACCUGCAGACUACUACAGUGUGCCGCUCUGAAGGAGUCGCUGCAUUCUGUCGUCAUCUACUCAGCCUGAUCUUGACUUUAAUCCACAGUUCUUGAACGCAGGGCUGGGCGAUGUAGCAACAAGUGAAAUCUUGAUUUGUUUCAGAACAUUUGACCAAUUCAAGACAACGUCGAUUUUAAGUAGUCAACUUAAAAACAGAACUACAACAUGUUUUAAGCAACAUUCACUUUCUUAAAAACUUGCACAACCAUCCAUUUCUUUCUCAAGUGUACCACACGUAAUAGAGAUCAGCUCCAAAAGUCAAAAGUAAUUCAAAUCAGUAUGACUCAAAGUAUAACAGCAUUAGUCGUCGAUUAUUUGCAGUAUGUGAAAAUAGCAGCAGCUUUCAGUCUGUCAGCAUCAUGCAAACAUCAAAUAUCAGACAUGCAGUCGAAGUUCUGCUUUUCCAGUGUUAAACAUGCACUCGACAGAUGUGUUCGGCCAUUGCACUUGUGUCUUUUGCAGUGUUACGCACAUAUGGUGCUUGAGUUAGUUCAACUCAGAUCUUCUAACCUUGUGUUUUUCGGUGCAGAAACACAUUCUGUGUGAAUAGCUGCGAUAUGUUGUACGUUAUGCUCCUUCAUAGAGCGUGCCACACAUUAGUGCUGUAUCAGCUGCACCGUCAUGCACUUACAUGAGCUGUUAGCAUUGGCAGAUUGUCAGUGUGUCUCAUUGUAACAUUUGCUAACAUUUUUAUUCAAAACCAUGAUUCCUCAUAAAACCAUGGCAUAGCAUUACAUUCAAGUUAAUCAGUAUCUGCGAAAUCACCCAGCCCUACGUGCAGACUUUCGCCCAAUACUAAAGCGUUUCUUGCACUAAUGUCGCUACCUUGGAGUGAGUCGUGAGACUGAGUAAAUGAAGGCUGAAUGAACUCAGUAGAGCGGAGUAUCUUCUGUCAGUCCUCGACCUGCCACUUCCCACAGAAUCCAGCGAGAUCUCAACCAAUCCCUUUAAGAGAAGGCCAGCGCGACCCGCGCUCUUCCGUGCCUCACCUGUUAAAGCGUUUCACUAGAGUUUGAAGAGCAGUUCACUACUGAUCACUGACUGUUUAACUUUUAUUUACCUUAAACCGAUACCUAUGUAAUUCAACACUAGUAUUGCGAUGUUAACUGUCAUUACCAACGACAAGACUCUGGAUAUUUUGAUUUUGUUUUUUAGUUACCAUAUCUUUUUAUGCGAGAGAA